AUGGGGCCCAGGCUGGGGGAGGCCAUUUAUACCCCUCCCCCUGGGCCCACCAGCCCAACUCGCUGCUGCCUGCCUGACGUUGCUCCCAGCGCUGCUGCCCAGACGCUAGGGAAUCCCAAGACAUCGCCCUCCAAGGAGGUGGGAGCUGGGGGGGGCGGCAGGGGGCCGGCCCCCGGGCCCUGCAAGGAACCCCCACACACUGCCUUUGAGAAGCGCAACAGGGCCAUCACGGCCCGGAGACUGCACCUGAAGAGCGUCAUGCUCCAGAUUGCGGCCACGGAGCUGGAGAAGGAGAAGAGCGUCCGUGAGACGGAAAAGCAGAACUACCUGUCGGAGCACUGCCCCCCGCUGCACGUCCCCGGCUCCAUGGCCGAGGUGCAGGAGCUCUGCAAACAGCUGCACGCCAAGAUCGACGUGGCUGAGGAGGAGAAGUACGACAUGGAGAUUAAACUCCAGAAGAGCACAAAGGAGCUGGAGGACAUGAACCAGAAGCUGUUCGAUCUGAGAGGCAAGUUCAAGAGGCCCCCGCUGAGGCGAGUGCGCAUGUCAGCGGACGCCAUGCUCAAGGCGCUGCUGGGCUCGAAGCACAAGGUGUGCAUGGACCUGCGGGCCAACCUGAAGCAGGUGAAGAAGGAGGACACCGAGAAGGAGCGGGACCUUCGCGACGUGGGUGACUGGAGGAAGAACAUCGAGGAGAAGUCUGGCAUGGAGGGUCGGAAGAAGAUGUUUGAGACCGAGUCCUAGGCCCCCCGCGGCCCCCACGGCUGGCCUGGUGCUCCCAGCUCCCAACUCCCAGGAGAGUGGGCGGGAAGAGAGGCCGACAGAGCCCCGCGCGGGAGGACCCGGCUCAUCUCAGUUGUCAAUAAAGGAUUCCAAUCCCCGUGA